UCCACUGUACAGACCCCGGACUGUACUGGACUGGACGGGUACAAUACGAUGAUAUCUUCUCCAUCUAGCACGAUCAAGAUGGAGAAGGCAGUCUGGAUAUCGAGUGGAAGCUUCAUUGUCGCCAUGAUCCUAUUCAACAUAACACCUAUACUCGAAGGGAUACCUUGGUUCCACUUCACAUUAGGCUGCAACAGCUUCAUCUUCUUCCUCGAGCUCUACCUUGACAUCAGACAGUCAUUCACCAUACGUCAAUACAAGAACCCCAAAGUCAACUGGACAGACACUACCUAUCACAUCGAGAACAUCAUUGGACUUCUUAACUUCAGACGAACCGAGUCCACGAUUGGCUUCAUUUUGGAGUGCUGUAUACUUCACUUUGGAUUGCUGCCACAGCUGUAUAGUGUUAAUGGACUGAUAUGGGAUUGGUACGGAUUCGGUCGCACUCACGAGAUCACACGUGGCAUCUCUUAUCUAUUGUUGGUCAGUCUGUUUAGCUCAUUGAUUCGUCUACCAUUUGAACUAUACCGUGUGUUCCUCGUGGAUGUCAUCACAGACAAGAGAGAUUGGUUACAACAGACCAUUAUCGAUCAGGUCAAGAUGUUCCUUGUUUCAAUCCUACUUGGACUACCCUUGCUUGCCGUAACCCUGGCACUAUUCUCCUGGCAGAACCCCUAUCAAUGGUUCUAUAUCAUACUGUUCGUCUCAUCAGUCGCCUUGUUCUUCUCGGACAUGUAUCCUUCGCUAGCCUUCUUGUUUAACAACUUCUCUUCGAUGGAGGAUUGUGAACUGAGGAGCGAGAUAAACAUGCUUUCAAACAAACUAGGCGUACCAAUCAAAGAGAUAUACACAAUGGAUGGAUCAAAGCGCGUGUCACACUCCAAUGCCUUCAUGCUGGGCUUCUGGCGCAGCAGUGUCGUACUCUACGACAACCUAAUCAAACAACUCUCCACCCAGGAGAUACUCUCAAUCAUAUGUCAUGAGAUUGGUCAUCAUAAGUUCAAGCACUCAUGGAAACACUUGUUUGUCCAAAUGCUAUUCCUUGGCAACUUCAUAUUCUUGUUCUCACGCGUUGUCAAUCUGGGCGUGUUCUACUCUAGCUUUGGAUUCUCCGCCGUCGACAUUAGUGUCGGCUUGGUGCUCUUCUCCUACCUGUACAGCACCUUUGCCAACCUGUUGAGGUUCGUCACCAACAUGGUACGUCGCGAGUUUGAGUAUGCGGCCGAUCGCUACGCCAUCGAGAAUGGACUGGACAUGAAGCAGGCGUUGAUCUCAAUGCAUGGCAAGGGCACGUACAUCAAGCCCGACACCUACUUCUCGCUCUACUACUAUUCGCAUCCAUCGCUCAUGGAGCGUCUCGACUCAAUCGACCUCAUCACCAAGGAGUUAAACAAGAAGGCUGCC